UCGUCUUUUGCUUUUUAGCUAAACGAACAUGUAGCAGAAUAUAGUUAGUAAACAAAUAAACUUGUUAGAUCGGGCAUUUAAAAACCUUGAUUUUUACGUUAACGCCACUAUGAAAAUUUGACCUCGAAUUUUUGACAUGAGUUGACUUAAUGAAUGUGCGUUUUUACUAUUGUAACAACAAACUAAAAAUCUCAUUGGAAAAUACUUGCAAAUAUGUAUAUUAAUGUGUUUGUGAUAUCAUAUAUUAAAGUACUUACUCAUAAUUUUAUAAUUAUGUAUGUGGUUUGAGUUCGCGUUUAAUAAUUAUAUGUCUGAAUGUGAUUUUGUAAAUACAAGUAAAUUAGAAACUUAUGUACCUACGUAAAGAUAAAUUACACGAAAAUACAUUUUGCACCAAAAAAUCGGGAUUCAAUAAAUAUCCGUCUUAAAGGACUAGUUCAUCUUAAACAAAGUUUCAUUUUAACGGAGUUAUACAAAUAAAGGAAACUAAAUACUGAUGUUUCCAUCAAAAUGUGGUCAAAUUAAAAAUUCUAGUGGCGGUUUAAAUGACGUACAUAAAUAUCAUUAAUCACUCCUAUUCUGCAUUGCAAUUGCAUUUACGCAUUCAGUUACGCAAUGAUCGGAAAAAGGUAUUCCAACAAAAAACUGAAUCGUAAGAAUCAUUGCAAUGCUUUACGAUUGUGUGUAUUCUGCGUUUCGAUCGUAAUUGCGUUUAUGUGGUGGAGAAUCGAUUCGAAAUGCAGAAUACUAAAGUUGCCAAACGGAGAAAAAUUUCGAUUCAAUCAAAAUGCAGAAUAGGAGUCAAUAUUCAAUAUGUAUAUUGGGUCUUCCACCAUUUAAUGUAUCUGGUAGUCCUUUUAAUGUGGUGCCCAUUCACCAGUAUCCAGAGCUAAUGAAGGAUACAUGCGCGCUCAUAAAUUCAGAGUGGCCACGCAGUGAAACAGCGCGCAUGCGUUCUCUCGAAGCAUCAUGUGAUAGUUUACCGUGCAGUUUGGUUUUGACCACUGAAGGCUACACUAGAGUUAUAGCACAUUGCAAGCUUAGUCCAAUACCAUCAAAGAAAAAAGCAUGUUUUAUUGAAUCUGUGGUAGUGGACAAGAGUUGUAGGGGUCAAGGUUUUGGCAAAUUAAUUAUGAAAUUUGCUGAAGAUUAUUGUCGAGUUGUUCUAGAUUUAAAUGUUUUGUAUUUGUCAACAGUUGACCAAGAUGGGUUUUAUGAAAGAAUAGGCUAUGAAUUUUGUGAACCAAUCUCUAUGUAUGGUCCAAGGAAUUGUGAAUUGCCUAGUCUGCAAAAUGCCAAAAAGAAAUACAUGAAGAAAAUUUUAUAGGCAACAUCGGCAGUACGUUAUCACAAAUUUCAAAUUAAACGCCACAAAAAAAUAGUUCGAUGUAAUUGAUUUUCUUUCCAUGCUCCAAAAAAUAUUAUAAAAUUGGGUUUAUUAUUAAAUUAAACAUAUUCCAGAAGUAAACUUAAUUUUGUAAACUAAGUUUAUUUUAAAAUUCUGGAAACAUAUUGUUUAAUUAAAAGAUGAAUUCUAAAUGAAUGUUAAUUUAGCUCAAUUAAAAUUUUGUAAGAAUUGCAUGUUAAUUAAUAGAAUAAAAAAAAAAAAUUAAUUAAACAGGCAGUAAAAUGUAUAAGAAACGCAAGCUAUAAAUGUUAAACGAAAAACCAAUUACAGAAAGUAGAAUAAUAUUUCUGCUAAAUUUAGAAAUGGCUACGAAUGUGCUACAUACAAUCAAAGAAGAUUCAAAUGAAAAGCAAAUUACUAUUAUAAAUAUAUAUAUAGAUAUAUCUGUCUUUAAAGGCAACAAUACAUAUUCUAUAAAAAAAUCGCUACAAAUUUAAUUCCAAUCAAUUUAAUUUUCUUUUUAAUUAUUUAUUUUUACUGUUAAUGGUUAAUUUUAUAAAAUUUUUUAAUGUGUUUCUCAUUUAAAGUUAUUUUUUACAUAUUUGGUUUUGAAGUUUAUAAUUUUCUAAAUAUGUAUAAACUUAGAUUACCAAACAUGUAUGGCUUUAAGCAGAUACAUACAAUACGUAUACGUAUAUUUAAAUUUA